GCGUGAAGUUUGGAAAGUGUGUUCUCAGUUCAUGCUCUGGAGGGAAACAUGGCACAGUCAUGAGCUGGGACAACCGUCACGACUCUACCUCAGUGGGCUUCGACCGGAACACGACCGCGGUUCCGGGCACGGUCGACCACGGCAUGUCCGCAGCGCGCCACGAGCUGAAGGUUUUCAACAUCACCAUGGCAACCCUGGCCUUGUGUGUCCUCGCCCUCACGGCGCUCUACUGCGGUGUCACCUGCCACCAGCGGAGGAGGCAGACUAAGAGAGCGCACGUGUACGAGAGAGCCGUGCGCAGCGUCGACCCGCUCCACCCGGUGGACGUCCGGGCGGUGAAGAGGUCCGCCAGCUUCAGGAACCCACUGGCUCUCUUCAGGAAGCAGGAAGUGCCCAAGGACAACUCCAGGAUCUACUACAUCUACAGCAACCCACUUCCUGUUGGGGUGGAGGAGAGCAGCGCCACCUCUGGUCUGGAGGAGCGGGACCCGCUGCCCAUGAGGGAGCUCACUAUGGAGGACUACGCCAUGGACCCCUCUAGUGGUGUCAUCAUGGACCCGCCCAACUUCUACAUGCAGCUUUAGAUCGAGGUGGACUGUUCCACUUUAGAGGAGGGAGGGGACGGGUGUUUUGUUUCUUUUCAUGCAGAAUGAGGAAUUAAGCAUUAUGUUGUUUUUUUUACAAUGGAUUUUUAUUGAAUCGUCAUAAAACAUUUGAAAUGGUGUGCAUUACAAAAGAAGCCGAGCAUGACACACACACACAGAGAGAGAGAGAGAGAGAGAGAGACACAGAGAGAGAGAGAGAGAGAGAGAGAGAGAGAGAGAGAGAGAGAGAGAGAGAGAGAGAGACACAGAGAGAGAGAGAGACACAGAGAGAGAGAGAGAGAGAGAGAGAGAGAGAGAGAGAGAGAGAGAGGGAGAGAGAGAGAUAAUCACUGCAGAGCCAUCCAUGGAUACCCUCAGGCAAAUGAUUGGAUUAAAUAAGAGUCAGUCAAAAUACUCUUCAGGCGAUUGGCUGGGUUUCCCUGAUCAGCCACUCCAAGGCCUCCUUCCUGCCCUGCCUCUCCAGUUCUGCUCCAAUCGUCUCACGGCAUUGCCUGUGGUACUCAUUCACCCAAUUGCGCUGCAGGACAGAGAAGAGAGUCAGUAAGCGCUCACAUGAUUGGCUGAAUAGUAAUAAUUACAGUACUGUACAGUUUUGUUCUUGUGUAUAUCCAGUAUAUUCUUUUCCUCGUAAGACAUGGUGUCUCACAGUACUUCCACAUGUAACAAGUAAAACCACCACAGGUCACGUCACCUCAGAAUGUGUAAGGCAAACUGUAUGUUUAUCCUAGCGACAAAUAAA